UCGAAUCUUAUCCAGUGUCAGGUUAGCACAACACUACAGACGUAAAACCGUUUUUAUUACAAAAAAAAAAAACUAUUUUUGUAUUUUACUGUAGCGUAACGAAUUUAAUUAUUAGCCAAUCCAAUGAAAAAUAUAAACAAUCGUUGACCGUUAACGUGCGAGAGUGGAUUAAAACCACGUUAAAUAGUAUUCAUUUAAACUUAUAACUUCCAGAAGUUUGACAAAAACAAAAUGAGUUUAGACGACGGAAACACAGACGAAUACAUCGUCACGGCCCUGCAGAUUUUUCAAUAUUGUGGAGCCGACGCCGGCAGUACUUUACGGGUUGAUGCUUUGAUGGACCAAUUCGCACCGUUUGUGAAAACAAACAAGGCAGAAUACAGCUGUCUCAGAUCUCUGCUGGACCCAGAGCAGAGUAAUCCAGAGAUAACCGUGUCCAUGCUGGCAACCAGCCUCAACAAGUACAGUGAGAGCCAGAAGAUCAAAAUUGACUUGGAUGAGAGUUUCAACCUGAAGUGUGGACAAGUACCACAUGACUCCGAUUCAGGGAUAUCAACUGAUGGUUUCCAGCUGCUAGAGGACUUGCAAUGCGAGUUGCGCGAAAAGACACAUCUGGCUCAACAGCUGCGAACUCAGCUGGACUAUUCCGACCGCCAUCAUGAGGAAGCGCUAGCCACAGUCAUCGCUGAGAGGAACUCUUUGCGAGCACAUCUCAGUAUGUUACGUGACGAGAACCAAACGUUGACGCACGUAAAACGCGAUUAUGAAGACGUGUGCGAAAGGCUCGGCUGCAGCGAAAAAGCUCUCGACGAGGCGCGGAGGGAACUGGAAUGUACUCGGCGACGGGCUAAAGUGCUGACUGAGCAAGUCACACUGUUGGAGAAUGAGAAAUUGAACCUUCAAGAGCUGCUCUCAAAGUCCAAGGAUGAAUGUCACCGCAUCAACGAAAUGUACGCUAGCCGACAGUCCUCCUUGCUGGAGAAGAACGAGACGCUACGUACAGAGCACGCGGACCUCUCCGCCCGGAUGAGGGACCAAGAGGAGUUCAUGCAGCAGAUCAUCAAGGAGAAGGUGAUUCUGGAGAUGGAGCUAAAGGACUUGCUGAACAAGUCCAACCACCCCGCCCAUCACAUGGAGCGUUCUAUCGACGUGAGCUACACUGAAGACCAGAUGCUCACUGCACUGGACAGCCUCAACGCUGACAGCAGGUUCCCACAAGAGAGCCGCCUGCUUGAUGAGGAAUCCUUCCUAAACGCCCUCAAGGAGGACCAAGGCCGACCCACGAACAUGUCCCUCUUCGACGAAAUACGUCUCAGUUUCUGUAACACGUCCAGACUUAACAUAACAGACUUGAACAUUACACCAGCGGUAGAAAAACCUGUUCUCGACGAAUUCGUUACAGCGUCCACUCAAACUGACGAAAAACUUUAUUACGUUAAUGAAAACGAGAUAUUCAAACCCUGCAGUUGUAAUACUGAUUCGUUUUCCUUAAGCGUUGCAACGCAAACCAAUGAAGAUGAUAUUGAAGGUCAAAACAAUUCGAUAUUGGAUACACAAAUUGAUCAGAACAAUAUUAAUGAGAACAAUGCCAUACAUAAUGCAGUGAGAAAUACAAAAAAUGAUGUAAACAAGAUUAAUAAUAAAGAUAAUUUAACAGAUAAAAUUACAGGCAAAGAAAGUAUUGUAAACGACACGAAAAUUAAUAAAAGCCGUAAAAACGAUAAUAUAACAUUAGAUUCACGAGAAAGAGAGAGAAGAUAUAAUCAAUUUAUUAAAAAUCGUAAACAAAUAAGAUCGCAAUCAGCUCCGAACGUUGGUGGAAUUAAGAGAGGACCUUAUUGUUUGAGAUUUAAACCAGAAUCGAAAGAUCAAACAACUAUGACUUGCACAGAUGUAUAUGAAGUUUUCAAAGACACAGAAGUAAUGAAUUUUGGUACACAGACCGAUGCAUUCGAAAUCAAACCCAAUGGUAAUAACAAUAGCGUUCAAGUAUGCUUUGAUUGUACCAAAUGUACUGAAUGCGAUAGAUUGAAGAAAUAUGUAACCAAACUGGAAAACGAAUUAAACUUUUCCAAUUCGACUAUAAAUGAAAUGCAAGAAAAGUUACAUCAAUAUGAGGAAAAUUUGAAUCAUUUAUCGAGAUGCAUAGAUGAAGGGAAUGAAAGGAAUAAUUUCUUACAAGUUGUUGCAGACAGUUUGAAAGCUAAACUUGUUUUAUUGGAGGGUACAUGCGCUAGUCAAGGAAAUAAAAUCGAUCGGCUAUUUUGUGAUACUUGCUGCGCUGAAAUUCAAACUGAAAGUGAACAAUCGACAGUAUCGACGCAGGUGGAGACCCCUUGCGCCGACUGUCUCAAACGGAACGCCCCGCACCGCAGCAUCAGGAGAUACCUGUGGGAGCCGCUAAAGAGUCUCUUCCAGCUGUUCGCAGUGCUGUGCUUCCUGUUCGCGCUGUACCUUCUGUAUGGUGUCACGCGGCGCUGGCGCGCGUGUCGCGAGCCGCUGCCGUGGCGCUGGCUGCAACCCUCAGACCUCGUUGACCUGUUCCUCACCAUCGAAUAUGUCUCUGACGUGCCCAUGUGACUGUAGUAAACUUUACCAUCAGUGCCAGUGAACUUUACCAUCAGUGCCAGUGAACUUUACCAUCAGUGCCAGUGAACUUUACCAUCAGUGCCAGUAAACUUUACCACCAGUGCCAGUGAAAUUAGUGAAAUAGAGAAAUGUGUUGUUGGGGUACAAUUGGUAAUCAAAUGAGUCAGCUAUGUUUAGUAAUGAUUUAUUUUCACACAGUUCAUCAUCAUCAUCAUCAUAGGUGUCCACAGCUGGACAUAAGUCUUCUGUAGGGACUUCCACACGUUGUGUUAUUCAUUUGAUAUAGUCUAUCCACCUAGUAGGGGGGUCUUCCAGACCGCCAUUCUAGCACCUUGGGGCAUCCAGAUUUUUUAAUACUUCAUGAUAUUUUGUAAAAUUAACAAAAGAAGUUGCGCUCGCUACAUUCGCGCUGGUUAUCAUUUAACGUUUGCUUUGACGUGGGUUAAAAUAUAAAAUCUAUGCUACCCUAAUUUUUUUUCAAUUAUAAUUGUUUUGUCAUUGGCAACUAAAAUUUUAAUUAUUUUUUAAAUUGUAAAUACCUUUAUAUUUUUUCACUUUCUAUUAAUUAAUACCUAACCUUUAAAAAACAAUUUUUAAUUACUGUAAUAUUCAUUGUUAUUAUUUGUGUUUGCUUUAUUGCUAUUUCACUUCCACAUUUUUCAGUCUCUUAUCUGUGCAUAUUAUUUUUAAUUGAUUGAUUAAAGAAAAUUCUUGAUUUAAAACUAUUAAUACAUAUUCAUCGUUAAUAACUUAAAAGUGUCUGAUUUAUUUUUCUUAUUCUAAUUUCCUACAAAUGUAGACAUGUCUUCCAUGAUUUUACUUGACUGUAAUUAAUACAUUUUAUUAGUUUUAUAUAAAUUAGGAUUAACAUUAUCAUUUUGCAUAUUAACUGAGUAAAAGUCUAGUAAAGUCCUGUAUGCACCAGCCUUUAUGGCUAAUUUAAUCAUCUAUGGGUGAUAUCAGAUGGUUCACUCAGAGUGAAUAUUCACUCAGUAAUUGGUUUUGUGUUUCACCUUUGAUUCAUUCUCUGUUUCAUUUCAAAUGAAGGAUGCCGAAUGAAACAAAAAAUGAACUAACUACUCAUAUCAUGUGAUAUCACCUCCACUCUAGACAUCUGUAGCAAUUGUUUGCAUAAAAAUAGUGAAUUUUAAUUAGAUUGCUUGAAGUCACCAAUCAAUUUUCCUGGAAAUUAAAAGGAAACUAAUUUUUGUGUUUGUCUACUAUCUUUAAUGUAUAUUGUGAAGAUUUUUGGAAUCAACAAAAAUGCACGUUUGCCUUAAUUAGAAAUUCUGUGAUACUUCUGUGCCAGUGUUUUAGUUGUAAGAUUUUAUUGUUUUAAACUAAAAAUUUGUAUAAGAAAACGUGUUUGACCAAAAAAUAGUUUUAAAUUGUUAUCGACCUGAUAUCUACUAUUUUGAUGUGUUUUUAUCCUAGUUAAGAAAACGUAAUUAAGCAUAACAUCGCGCUGCCCAUGCAAAAUCCGCUAUGUAUUUUUUUUUGAUUUUCAUUUUUGAUAUCUUUUUUUUUUGGUUUUAAAAGGUGUGUGUACAUGUAGAAAUCUGUUCUUUAGCAUGUAUGCUAGUUCAAGAGAUAAUCUUUUAAUGUAUGUGAUUUUGGUCUAAAAGUAAAGUAUGUUUCCCCAAAAAUUUAAGUUUAAAAGAGUCUCCUGAAAACUUGUGAUUUUCCACAUAGCGGAAUUUCCAUGCGCAGCGACGAUAAGCAAAUCUACAUUUUUAUACUGGUCCUUAUUAGUACCUAAACAAUCUCUAAAUGAAAAACUGCUAUCCCUUUCAAGAUGUUUCCUUUGGAAAAGGAUAGCAUUAGAUUAGAUAUCAAAUUAUUAAUUUAGAGGUUAAAAACAAACAAAGCAAAUAAGUACCAAUGUCUUAUUAUAUAACCUGAUUUUAUUAAGGCCCGUUUUACACUCGCGCGUCAAUCGCGUUUAAUAGCUCGUUCACACAGGCUGCGUAAGCGUAGACGUAGCGCGUACCAUUGCGUUGAAUGUAUGGACCUGUAUGAAACAUGGCACACCGCUUGCGUAAAGCGUGGAUGUAUGCGUAACCCGGUGUGUUAGGGGUUUACGCGCGUCACUACGUAAUUGGUGUGAAUCGGCCUUAAACUGCGCGACAAAUAUGCCCGUCUGCAGUCGCAACUUUGGCAGAGACAAAGAGACAGACU